CAUAUCCUAGCUAGCUUACCAUGGAGUUCACCAAGCUCGGAAAAUGUCUCUCUUUAGCCUUGAUCCUUGUUGUAUUUGGGGCUUGGUUCUCUGAAGCAACUUCUCGCACUCUCCAAGAUGCAGCAAUGCAUGGGAGAUACGAUCAAUGGAUGGCUCGUUAUGGACGUGUCUACAAUGACAUUAGCGAGAAGGAGAAGCGCUUCCAGAUUUUCAAGGAAACUGUUGCAUAUGUAGAAUCAUCCAACAGUGAUGUAAACAAGCCUUACAAAUUAAGUGUCAAUCAAUUUGCAGACCUUACAAAUGAAGAAUUCGUUGCCUCAAGAAAUCGAUUCAAGGGGCACGAAUGUUCCACAAGGAUCACUUCUUUCAGGUAUGAAAACGUUACUGUGCCAGCUUCUGUGGACUGGAGACAGAAAGGAGCUGUAACCCCAGUCAAGGACCAAGGCCAAUGUGGAUGCUGCUGGGCUUUCUCAGCUGUUGCAGCCAUGGAAGGAAUCACUCAACUUACAACAGGUAAACUAAUCUCUUUAUCAGAGCAAGAGCUGGUGGACUGUGAUGUGAAUGGUGAAGACCAAGGUUGUGAGGGUGGCUUGAUGGACAAUGCCUUUGACUUCAUCAAUCAAAAUCACGGACUUAGUACUGAGGCUAAUUACCCCUACACCGGUGUCGAUGGUACAUGCAAUGCACAGAAGGAAGCAAGCCAUGCAGCAUCAAUAACUGGCCACGAAGAUGUGCCUGCAAAUAGUGAAAGCGCCCUUCUUAAGGCCGUUGCCGGUCAGCCUAUUUCUGUUGCCAUUGAUGCUAGUGGAUCUGAUUUCCAAUUCUAUUCUAGUGGUGUUUUCACUGGAACUUGUGGAACAAGCCUAGACCAUGGUGUUACUGCUGUUGGUUAUGGUGUUGGCGAUGAUGGGACUAAGUAUUGGUUGGUUAAAAACUCAUGGGGCGCACAAUGGGGUGAAGAAGGGUACAUAAGAAUGCAAAGAGAUGUUGAUGCACCGGAAGGCCUAUGUGGUAUCGCAAUGGCAGCCUCUUACCCCACUGCCUAAGCAAUUCACACUGUGAUAUGUAAAUGAACUUCUUGUGCUUAUGAUGCUUACAAGUUACCAUAUCUGUAAGAAAACUUUCAAUUUCCAUUAAUACAAAAAUUAAGAGCUUUAUUACUGUUUAGUUUUUCAAUAAGUCUCUAUAGACGACCUUGUUCUAUGUGGAUUUGAGAUUUUAAAAUCUCACUCAUCCUUCCAUCAUUUGGUUCCAUUCUACUAUCUAUCAAAUUCUGUCUUCCACUUUGAGUCCUGAGUCCAAACGCCAAACUGAAGUCACUGUUAGUUUGUUAGAAAUCAAGCUAUUGUUGCAACUGCUAAAUUUUUUUAACAAGAUCCAGAAAUGAGGUUACAUGACUAAUAGAAGUUUAGAAGCACUACUUUUUCAUAGUAAAACAUUGUGUUGACUAAAGAGUUCUGAAAGCUUGCUGCAUUUCCAGGGAUGAGUGACUCAAGGAGUUAUUGCAUGAAUUUCAGGUAUUUUGAAGUGAAAAUUAACUAUCUUCUUAACCAUUGGAAGCAAUUAUAUAGUACUAUAUAUAGAUAGUGCUCAUUCUUGUUUCGCUCAG